GUACAUUCUUCUUUUCCGAUAAAAUGAGGGGGAAUUCUCAACUCUUCCUGUCUUUUCUCUCACAUCUAACGAAUCCGGCUUCUUCACUUCCCUCAAGCAACGAUGUUGGCGGACCGCGCUGCAGCCACAGCUGCUCGAGAGCCAUCCACCGCUCACAUUCCUGACAAUGCUCCUGCUUCGCCCGAUUCGGACCAUCAACCUGCCACGACGAUCGAAGCCAACGACGAGGAGUUUGCAGAGGAUGCAGCGGAUGGCUACGAAACCGCCACCGACGCAAGCUCGAACGCAUCCACCUCCCUGGCAUCUACCGUUCGAGACUUCAACUUUGAGAACAAGCGCCGCUAUCACAAAUUCAAGGAAGGUCGUUAUCUGCUCCCCAACGACGACAUGGAGCAAGAACGAGAGGAUAUGAAGCACGCCAUGGUGCUACAUGUGUGUGAGGGAGUCUUGCACAACGCCCCGCUCGACAAUCCCCAGAAAAUCCUCGACAUCGGUACCGGCACUGGUAUAUGGGCCAUUGAUAUGGGAGACGAAUACCCGGAGGCCGAGAUCAUUGGUUUGGAUCUAAGCCCUAUUCAGCCAUCAUUCGUCCCACCCAAUGUGCACUUCCUCGUCGACGAUGUUGAAGCGGAAUGGCUUUUCCCAGAAAACUCGAUCGACUACAUCCAUGUGAGGAACAUGGCACCAGCUAUCAAAGACUGGCCGAAGCUGCUACAGCAGGCAUACAUCUCUCUCAAACCCGGUGGCUGGAUAGAGCUUCAAGACAUGCUGUUUUCAUUCGACUGCGACGACGGUACAGCCGGCCCGGACUACACGCCUAGGAAGGUGAUGGAAUUGCUCAAAGAAGCUUUUGAGAUAUUCGGAGUGGAUAUCAACGCGGCCAAAAAAUUCCCCGAGCGCGCUGAGGCAGCGGGAUUCGUGAACCAAAUUCACGAUGUCAGAAAAGUGCCAGUGGGGACCUGGCCAAAGGAUCCCCACUACAGGAAGGUAGGCAACUACUGUCGUGCUGUCAACUACGACGCUCUAGGGUCGGUCACCAACGUGCCAUUCACGAAGGGAUUGGGCUGGUCGUCUUUGGAGGUCGAGGUAUUCCUGAUCCAAGUGCGGAAGGAUCUGUUGAACGACUCAUUCCAUGCGUACAACUACUACCACUCUUACUCGGCCCAGAAGCCUUUGGAAGAGAGGACGUACAACUGAAACCGGGCGUUCCAUGCCUAUUUGGAUAGUUUACGUUUAUAUCAUGUAGAAAGUGAGCACAUCAUCAGUUUUUGUU